AUGAUUGGGAAAUCGAAUGAUAAAAAAAUUCCUCUCGAAAAUUCGCCGAGAUUGCGCUCAAGUCAGUUGGCGCGAACUCUGAAGAAACAAGCGAUUGAAUUUUGCACGGAAACUGGACUUCAUGGGUAUAAGUACAUGGUCGAGGAGAAACGAUCGAAGACCGAAAGAAUUAUCUGGGGCAUAAUAGUAUUCAGCGCGUUGUCCUGCGCUGCAGUGCUGAUGCACACCGCCUGGGUGUACAACUCAUCCCGGGCGACGUUAACAGUCAUCGAAUCGACGCACAGAGGAAUCUGGAAUUAUCCCUUUCCAGCAAUAACUAUUUGCAAUCUCAAUCGAAUGUCAUUUAAUAAAACUAGGAAAUUCGUGAAAGGCCUGAAACUACCGAAAGCUUUGAGUCAAGAGUACGUCAUAAAUGAAAUGCGAUUGUUACUGGAACUGCUAGAUCCAGGGGUUUUCGGGGGGAAUUUAAAGUCGAAUUUCACAACUUUACAGGACAUUUUCGAUGAUAAUAAUUAUUCUAUUGCGGAUGUAGUCAGAGCGGUAUCGCAAAACUGCUCGGAGUUUAUUCUCCACUGCAAGUGGAAGGGGAUUCCCACCGCUUGCGAGAAAUUAUUCAGGGAGACUUUGUCUCGAGACGGUGUCUGCUGCAGUUUCAAUUACAUUUCAACGAGAGCGGAGAAGAAGAAAACAUUUCCGAAGAGAAUUACCGCGUGUGGAUAUCAAACUGGAUUGACUCUUCUCUUAAAUCCAGAGCCGACGGAUUAUUUUGCGACGAUACUAGGCGCUUAUGGAUCAAAGAUUCAAAUGCACUAUUCGUAUGACUACCCUGACUGGAACGCAGAGAGUAAGAUAAUAGCCUCUGGGUACCAAGUGUUCCUCAGUAUUUCUCCGGAGGAAACACACACAACUCAUGACGUCAGGAAGCUAGCACUCAGAACUAGGAAGUGCAUGUUCAGUGAUGAAGGGGAUGCCAAAUACAAUACCAUAGAGGGCCCAAGCAAUCUGACUUACGCCACAUACUCGUACACAAAUUGUAUUGCUGAGUGUCGAGCCACCAUCAUGAAAGCAUUAUGCAACUGUGUCCCAUAUUAUUACCCCCAAAAUGCAACGAGAGUUUGUGAUUUGAGAGACGUACGAUGUCUUAAUUAUAAUAAAGGCCGCUUUGAGACGUCCUUCCCAGGUACUCAGCUGUCCAGUAGUAUUAUAACUACGUCCCCAUACCUGAGUGACUCCAGUCGUCCUUGUGGCUGUCAACCCGACUGCCUUUUGUAUCGUUAUCCGGUCGAGGAAUCUUCCGGGGCCCUCGAUAGGUCCAACUCCUACAAUCAGCGGGACAUUUUUCACGAUUUGGAUAUUAAAAAUCAGAGCCUUGUGCACAUAUUCUUCAGCGAUUUAGUGUCGAUUCAGUACCGAAGGAAUAUCUCUUACGAUUGGCGCAAUUUAUUCGCUUCGUUCGGAGGACUCUUAGGGCUCUUCGCGGGCUUCAGUCUAAUGUCUGGAUUCGAAAUAAUAUAUUUCUUCAUUGUUCGCCUCAUCACAGACACCUACAUGCGGAACAAGCAACGAUUCUCCCAUUAAAUGCACUCAUUACCAUAUUCUCGGGGGCCGCUGCAUGCCAUAUUCUCAGUAGUUCCGGAGAUAUCGUCGGAUUCUGGGAUUCCCCGUAAUGAUUUGCAUUGUAGAAUCACCUUAAAUAUGCAUUAUGUAACAUUGAUGUAAAGACGAUAACACCAUUCAUUAUCACAGUAGAGAUGUAGUUACAAUUAUUAUUCCAGCAUUUAUAUUUGAGAGGUUGUGAAUAUGCUCAGAGGAUUAUUGUGAAUAAAAGAAUAGACAUGAUCAUGAAGAGA